AUGACAGCGAAAGCAAAAGCUGCUGGUGCGCCACCUCCUCGCUUCCCAUCUGAAGUUGAAACAGUGGAACCGCAUGUCUUGGUCAAAAUGGUAGAAAAAAACAACNUAGAAGUCUUUGGCUUCCUCGUCUUUCGCACGUACUUUGGCGAUGAGAAGCUUUGGGACGAGUUUCGCGAGUUGUGGGAUCCGCUUCUUCAGCACGGGUUCGAUGUGGCACCUGCCUCUCAAGGUCUGGAUCGCAUCCGUGAUAGGCUCUUGAUGAAGAUUGUCGAUGAUGAUAUGACCGAUGGUGCAAAAGCAGAAGACGUUGCUUCAGCCUACAGAUUCUUCACAGAAGACGAAGAUGAAUUGGACGACAAGGAGAAACUCGAGCCGGGGCUGAAGACGAAAAUGUGCUUGUUUGUUGACGAACAGUGUAUGCGGUCUGCAACCACACCAAGCCCAGGCACGCCGCCGUUUGUCAUGGCCGUCGAUGUGGAAUUGGGCUCUGCGACAAACCAAAGACCUGGAGCUGCAUUCAGAGUUGCCAUCAAGGAUUUGGCUACACAUUUCUAUCCCGCGUUGUGGCUGCCUGAUAUAGCGGAUGUUGCAGAUCUUCGUCCUCUGAAAGAAGAUCAUGUCUGGAAUCGCCUGUCCCUCAGUGUGUAUGGAAGCACACAGCAGGAAACGCUACACAGGGCCAUAGGUACAGAGCGUUAA